AUUUCCCCCUCCAAAAGCACUCUGUCCCGAUGGCGCCGAAGCACGUCCGCUUCUCCUUUCUCCUCUUCAUUUUCUUUUCGUUUCUCUUCACCAUAAAAUCAGUCACCGGUGGUCUAAAGUUGCUGCACAAUAUUGGCGUGGAUUCCAAAAUGCUGAAUAUAUGCAUGUCCAUGGCUCUUUCAGAUUUUUACGCCAAACACCCUAAUUACCAAACCAGAUGCUCUCUCUCUCUCCCAACAUCGGAUUCACCUUCGCCAGGAAAUGCAGUUGGACAUGUUCCACAAACAUCAGCCGAAGCCUCAUUUGCAAUAAAACUUGGAGACAGCACUUGUCCCUCUGCUAGUCCUUUUCUGAUCAGAACAUCCAUGGCCGACUUCUCUCGCCUAGCAAAAGCUACGGUUUCUACUUUGGAAAUGUUUCAAUGGAACCAAGUCGUACUUGUAUAUGAACACAUGGAAUUCAGUAACGCCAUCAUCCCCUAUUUAGCCGAUGCAUUAGAGAACAAGGGCAUUCAACUAUCACACAAGACUGCAAUCCCAACCUCUGCCCAAACUUCUCAAAUUUUGCAACAGCUUGAAGUGCUAAUGACCCUGCAAAGUAUGGUAUUCGUGGUGAUGCACAUGUCGACAGACCUCACUUCUCGUUUCUUUGCGGUUGCGAACGAGGCAGGAAUGAUGAGCAAAAGAUUUGCAUGGCUUGUGACCUUUGCAGAUACCAUGGAUCAUGUGGCUAUUGAGUCAAUGGAGGGUGUAAUAGUAUUAAGGCCUUACGUGCCGAACACAAAAGCUCUUAAGAACUUCAGAACGAGAUAUAAAAGGUUAUCCAUGAUGAUGCAGAACAAGGAGGCCACCGAGCUAAAUCUUUUUGGUUUGCGGGUUUACGAUAUAGUUCACAGACUAGCUACGAGGGUGGAACAAAAUUGUAAUUGGUAUUAUAGCUUCUUGAAGGAGACGAAUUGUAGAAGUUGGUUAUUGCGAAUGUUGAACACUAGUUACAGAGGGGUCAGUGGGGACUUUGAGUUGGUGAAUGGACAGAUUCAGCCUUCGGUCUUUGAAAUAUUUAAUGUAACCAAAAAGGGGCAGAGGAUGAUUGGCUAUUGGACUCAUGACCGGGGAAUAUCUAAUAACUUGUAUCCGAAAUCCGGAUACACCCGAAGAAAACUCGAGGCAAACGAAUCGAUCAGAAGCAAAUGGAUAAUAGGGGUUCCGAGUAAGGGUGGAUUCAAAGAGUUUGUGAACAUACAGCCUUGGGAUAAGAAAGGCGACGAACACGAACCGGGUUUCACCAUAGAGGUUUUCAAAGCCGUGUGGGAGAGCUUGGGCCUACCUCCAAAUGGUUAUGAAUUUAAAACCAUGGAUGGAACAUAUGAUGAUCUUUGUUGCAAAGUUGAUGCUAAGGAAAUCCAUGCUGCCGUGGGAGAUAUCUCGAUUGUGUCCAGCAGGUCAAAUUGUGUGGAUUUUACAUUGCCAUAUCUAGAGUCUGGUGUGGCAAUGCUGAUAAAAACCAGACAUGAUGGACCAAAAAACAUGUGGAUAUUCUUGAAGCCAUUAAGCUGGGAUCUAUGGUUGGUAAUCAUCAGCAUUUGCAUUUUCAUCGGGAUCGUUGUUCGGGUUCUAGAUCGUCGCGAAAAUACGGAAUUUAACGGAUCACCAAGAAAGCAACUCAGCGAAAUUUUGAUGUUUCCGUGCCUAUCAGUGGCAACUCCUCAAAGAGACAUGGUGGUAACCAACUGCUCAAGGUUGGUCUUGGUGGUAUGGAUAUUUCUGGCAUUUAUAUUGAUGCAGAGUUACACGGCGAACUUGUCUUCGAUCUUGACAGUCAAUCAGUUGCAGGCGACGAUCCCGAGUAUCAGAGAACUUAGAAAAUGUCAUGUUGGUUACCAGAAUCUAUCAUUUGUAAAAGAUUACCUGAUAAACCACUUUGGGUUCGAGGAGUCUAUGCUGAAACCAUAUGGGUCAGUUGAUGACUAUCAGGAGGCCUUGUCCAAGGGAUCCGACAACGGUGGAGUUUGCGCCAUCUACGACGAAAUUCCGUACAUCAGAAUCUUUCUCGCUCAGUAUACUACAGGUUACAUGAUGGUCGGCCCGACCUACAGAACAGAUGGACUAGGAUUUGCAUUACCGGUAGGUUCGCCGCUGGUGGCUAAUUUUUCGAGGGCAAUCCUGAAUUUCACUCAAGGAAAAUACAUGGCUCCAAUUGAGAAAAAGUACUUCGGCGUAGUGUCCAUUGAUCUAGACGACACCGGGUCGGUCUCGUCGGCUAGUCCUAGUCUCACUUCAAGGAGCUUUGCCGGCCUAUUUAUCAUCAUCGUGGUCAUUGUGUUCUUAGCCUUGCUUUUCUCGGAGAACCAUAUGCUCGGAAAGCUCGUUCGAAGAUGCAUCUUUCGCAACUCUCGCGAUAACCCGGGAUCAAGAAUUCAGCCUACUGCCGAGAUGACUGUCGCCAACGUUACUAAUCCUCCUGAGAUCAACAAUGUUCAAGAAAAUCACAAUUCUAACCAGGAUAAUAGAGAUGAAUCUGCAGAUGAAGCUGCAUUGGAAGUUCACUCAUUCAACUAGCUUGGUACAUAGUUUUCAGGGCAUUUAAGCUUAUUAGAACAAUAUUUUCAAAAGAAUGUAUGAAACACACAUUUACUAAGAUCUCACUGU